AUGAUCCUCACCACUAUCUUUAGCCACCUAGCUGUCCUAGCACUCUUACCCUACAUAACCGCCCUGGCUGUCUCUGGUAGUAAUUCCCUUCCCUAUGCCGUAACACCUUGGACAUUCAAGGGUGAAAUCGACGGAAGCAUCGCAGCAUACCAGACCCUCCAUCCUGAAUUCAAUCUCACAGCCUACUUCGAAGCUCCCAAUAUAGCACACCUCCCAUCUCUGAGUCCCCGGAACAAGGCCAAUAUACUCUGCUGCGCAGAUGCCGGAAACGAAUUGGCAAACCCCCACCUCAAUUGGACACCCGCAAAUCCAUGGGAGAUUGAUUCCGGAGCACAAUAUCUCCAGACGAUCGAUCUCUGCCAUACCGGUCCUCGACAAUGUAACCGAAUCUCCUGUUCUUACAAAGCGGCCAUCUUUUUGUGCAACGAUAAUGACUAUGACAUCAGCCCCAAGUGCGCAUAUAUAGCUAGUUACGCGUUGGAUCUCUUUAACAGCUGCCGAUAUGUGAAGGACACAAUCCUAGGUGUUUGCGGACAGGAGUUUGAUACGGAUAAUUAUAAUGUUGUUGUAAGAGCGGCGAAAUGUUAG